CAGACCAUUCACAGGUUGGCUGCCAUAUGGAUUUCAUCAAUGUCCAUCCUGUACAGAUGCAUCAGCUUGAAGGUUUAUGGACAGUGAAACUUGGACAACCAUCUAAUCUACAAAAGGUGGUGCAUUUUACAACAAGUAAAGAUGGCAGCCUUGUAUAUCUAUCAGUGCAAUACAAUUCUACAAGUGAAAUGUGUCAUCCCGUAGAGUACCUAAAACUGCAAGAAACCAGCAAUGGAAACUUCAAGGGAAUUAAACAUGGCUGGCCACUAUAUUUUAAGGUUCUCUAUAGUGAUGGAACUGAACUUGUCACAUACAUCUGUUUUCAAACGAAGAAUGAUGGAACCUGCAAUAACACAAUGGUGCAUUUGGAAAUCCUCUCCAAUGCUGAUGUAAUAUCUGAUGCAAAAAUAAUGAUGCUAAGAAAAUCGGCCACAUCUGUGUGCAUGAAUGACUCAAUGCCUAUCCAAACAAGUAUAGCACCCUGUGUCAUUUCAAUUGCCAUGAUAGAAGCAGCUACAAAUGGAGACAUAGGAGCAGAUUAUGUUCAAGUUUCAUGCAUGCAUCAAUUCAUUCCAGUUCAGAAGGAUUUUGAUCCAGACAAGUUUGCAGGUGUUUGGAAUAAUGUUAAGAACAUUGGAGGCUAUGAUGCCAUCUCACGUACAAGUUAUUUUGCUGCACAUGCACACGGAAUUCUCACGGAGGUCUACUCUAUACAUGAUGCUACAAAUCAGAACUGUUCGCUACCUGAACUGGUUACCCACAAACAGCUUGGACAACCUGGAGAAUACACUUUCACAUUGAAUAAAACUACAGGUCUUAUGAAGAUCCUUUAUACUGAUUAUCUGACUGCUGUGGUCUACACCUGCUUGGAAGAAGCUCACGAUGGGACGUGUAAAGAAGACCAUGCAAUCAUUGCUGUAAUGGCAAGGGGAUCAGAGAUUUCCAAUAGCAGGAUGGUUGAACUUGCAUCUUUUUUCAAGAUAGGAUGUGUAAACAUUGCUGAUGCACAUAUAAGCAAUGGUUCCUGCAUUAUUACUUCACAUAUACUAGAGGCAACAAAUAUGAAAGACAUCAUUGAAGCUGUCUCAAAAGCUCGUCCUUCCACUCAGUGUGUUCUGGAUAAAGUUGUAACAGUUGCCAACUUUGAACUUAUACAGAUGUCAGGUCACUGGUAUGAGCUAGCAAGAACCAGAUAUACCUUCAACAGAAUGGAAUCUGUCGUUAUUUACUACAACUACAACCACAGCAUUCAUAUGUUGAAUGGUGUUUACACUGGAUCAAUGGAUGGUGAAUGUCAGCUGCCCCCGAUCACCAGUCUUACCAAGAUUGAUCCCAGUGAAAAACAAGUUGGAGUCAUGGGGCGUAUUGGAGGCAUGACUAGCAGCUACCCUUGGGUGUCAUUUAAAAUUCUCUUUUUUGACGGGCGCUUUUUGAUGUUUUAUGUGUGUUAUGAGAAUCAAACAGAUGGAAGUUGCAAACAAGAUCAGAUGGAAGUGACUCUACUGGGUCGUACACCAGAAAAAAGUAAACUCAUAGAAAGCCUCCUCCCCAAGUUAAUGUCUGAUGUUUGUCUUUCACAAGCAGAUUUGAUCAACACAAAACGAGAAGCUGACUGUAACAGUGCCCUAUUCGCUUUACCAGUCCACUCAAGGAGUAGAACAUUUGAGAUAGAUCCCAUGAAGAAGUGUUCAUCUUUAGCUGAUAUAAAUGUUCCUGGAAACUUCAAAGAAAUUGAAAUUCUAGGACAUUGGGUUGGGGCUGCUUUCUUGGACCUAAAUACCCCAGAAAGAGGUCGCUAUGGGUUGACAAUCACUGUGUCAAGAAACACUCCGACUUCUCUUAAAAUGGUCAUAAACUGGAGAAAUGAGCCUCAACAGACCGUUAUAUUAAAACAGCGAUGCAGAGGAUAUGGGGACUACAUCAGUACUUAUUCAUCUUCAACAAUGCAACAGUGGAGUAAAGUUAAAAUUCUCAAGACCAAUGCGAAUGAUGUUCUUGUGUAUUGGUGCACAAAGGAGCUAGAUGGCUUCUGUUUGGCAUCGGGUGCUCGGGUUGAUGUGCUCACUCGUUCAAGCAUUUACAACAAGGAGGAACUGAAUGCACUUACAGGUUCAAUAGGAGAUGACUGCUUUCCAUCUGCACGUUUUUUAAAACCAAUUGACACUGAAGAAUACUACAGCAAGUUUAUUGCAGAGGCUUCACUUGUAUCUGGUGAAUCUGUUCUGUCCGCUUCUCCGUGUACAGUGGACAACAUCCCUACUAUCAACAUUGACACUGACAGAAUAUCAGGCUAUUGGUAUGAGGUUUCUAAAACUGCCGGUGGGCUAGUGGAAAUGAAUUCCUUUGUCUGCUACUACUUGCCACUAGGAAAUGGAUCUUUAAAAUUUAUAUUUGCUGGAAAGGGGUCAUCUAAUACUUGUAAUCCUAUGAAUGGGGAUUUGCAACCAAGAUGUCCAUCAAAGCCAGAUGGUCACUUCAUGGGAAGGAUAAAUAUUCCUGGGCAGUGGAGUUGGACCACGUGGAAAGUGCUAUACACUGAUUACGGCUAUGCAACUGUGGCGAUGUCCUGUAUGGAUGAAGAUCAAAGUGGAAUGUGUUCUCAGAAUGGCACACAGGUUCACAUCCUCAGCAGAACACCAACACUCGCCCCUUUUCUCAGACCAAUCAUUGACAGUCACAUUAGAGCUGCCUGCUUCAAUCCAGCAAAUUUUGUCAGCUCCAGACAAGAUGGCAGUUGUCAGUCUACUCUUGCUGAAUAUGUGCAUCAACUGCAAGAAAAACUCUCAGGUUAGAAAAUGGAAAACGGACGCAGAAGUGACACGUUUUAUUUUACAAAGCUGGACUACUGUCUUUGCACCAUACCAUGAUGUUCAUUGGUAUUUGUCCCAUCAAUGAAUCUUUGUAACAGUUUUAUUUGAUUGUUUUUAUAAAUUAAAAUUAUAUUAUUACCAAGUUAUAUUCAGUUCUGGAGGAAUUAUAAUCCUCUGGAGGUUUGUUUCAAAUUAUAUAAGUUCCUUGUACCAUAUUAAUUGUUAUUGGUAAUGAUGUUAAACAUUUGCUAAUAAAAUUGACAUACGGUUUAAUAUAUUA